UAUAUUUUAUAGAUAGGUCCGCGGUCACACUACACCCAAGACAAAUUCUAAAUUUUUGGACAAAUUUUUGGAUCGCAGCUCGAAAAUGCCAAAGAAAAUGGGUAUCAACUCGAAGGCCGUGGAGGCGCGGGAGCGGAAGGAAAAGGAGCGUAAGGCGACCCAGGAAAAGAAGGCCAAGGACGCCGAAGAUCGUCUGUGGCAUGACGACGACAAAAGCCUGGCCAAGAAGCAGCAGCGCCGCGAGGAGGAGGAACGCAAGCGGGCCGAGGCGGCCAAGCGCAAGGCGGAGGCCAAGGCACUGCUGGACGAGGAGAUGAGCUCCAUCAGCACCCAGCGCAAGCAGCCGCUGGCCAAAAUCAACCGCCAGCAGAUACUGGAGGAGCUUGAGAAGAAGCAGAGAAACAUCGAUGCCAUUAACGAGGCCAACAAGCCCGCCGCCACUCGCGUUGUGGUCCAGACGAACGUCGUGGAGGAGAACAUCAAUCGAUCCCUCGCCGACACCGAUGUAGCCAGCAACAUUGACCAGGCGCUCGUUGUUCUCAGUGUCAACGAGGGCGAUGAUGACAAGCAUCCCGAGAAGCGAAUGCGCGCCGCCUACAAAACCUUCGAAGCCAACAACCUGCCCCGCAUCAAAGCCGAGAAUCCCUCGCUCCGCAUGUCUCAGUGGAAGCAGCUGCUGAUGAAAGAGUGGAACAAGUCUCCCGACAAUCCUUUCAACCAGGCGCGCUAGUGGUCUGGGGAUCCCUGCCCCCACCCAUCCAUUGCGUACUCUAGUGAAUCUGCUGCCGAGCAGCUAGUCAACCUUUGAUUCAACGCAGAAUUUAAUUUAUACACAAGCUAAAAGUCAGAAUAAACUAAUAUAAUUUAUUAAAA